AUGGCCACAGCGGCCUUGGCCCCAGCAACUUCUCCAAUGACGAUUGAAAGUGCUCCCCAGAGCCAUGCAUCGUAUGAUCUUGCUAUCAAUAGCACCUUCCACCUCUCAGACGAUGUUAUCGCAAUAGCUGACGGGACUUUCACCCCGGAGGAAACCCCUGUUCUAGCAGCAACCGCAGAAUCAAUUACAAGCUUAUCAGAAGCUUUGUACGCGUACACAACAGCAGCCAGCAACGACAGCCAGCCUUGGUCAACAACAAGAAAGGAGCUCCACGUCACAAGCACCCAGCUUAGUGCAACAGCAACAGCCGAUACUCCUGACCUUGCUCCCGAGACCCGAAUUCCGUAUCAAACGCACGUUCAACGCACGCCAGAGCUCCCAGAGGUGUGCACUGACGACGGAAUUCACAUCUAUGCGCAAAAGGCAGCUUCGCCACGAGCUCACAGUUCCCUUAUCAAGGAUUGGCACACGCACAAGGUGGCUCAACGCCCCUAUCCUCAGGGAUUACGAGACAAACAGGUCAUUGAUGAAACCCAUGACAAGCUCCACGCACAAGGACGCAUGGAGUACGUGCACGGGCCAACCCCUUUUGCAGCCCCCGUCUUCGUUGUGUGGCGAACAGCCCGAGGAGAAACCAAGGGCAGGGUCGUCAUCGAUUUGCGAGCUCUUAAUAAGGUCACCAUGCCAGACAGCUAUCCCUUGCCAUUGCAAGAAGACAUCAUCCAAGAGCUUAUGUACGGUUUCCCCCUGAAAGGGCCCCUUGAGGCUGUUGAUCGCACAGCCAGCGCAGAGGCAGACGAAUUGCCCUACAUCAAGGAAGCCUUGCGUAAGCAGGCCAGCCUAGCUAUGGACCUUGCAGCGAUGAAGGCCAAGCGUUGGUACGAUGCCAAACACCGACCUAUCCAUCUCAAGGCUGGAGACAAGGUAUAUCUCAAGCUUCAUCAGGGAUAUCACCAGCCAGGCAGGCCGCCCAAGAAGUGGUCACAACAGCGGGAAGGCCCCUUUGUGAUCAGAAGGAUGGUUGGAGACCUGGCCUGUGAAUUGGACCUUCCAGAGCAAAAUCGGGUCCACCCAGUGAUCUCAAUACACCACCUCAAGCCAGCUCACGAAGGCUGCUUUGAGGAAGCUCACCCCGGACCAGUAGAAGCCACAAAGGACUUUACGGACCAGGAAGGCGAAUUCUACGAAGUUGACAAGCUUCUUGACGUACGGGUCAGGAAGAUUGGAAGAAACAGGAAGCCCGUCACGGAGUACUUGGUCCACUGGAAAGGAUGGGGCAGCAUGCAUGAUCAGUGGAUCAGGAAGGAAGAGGAAGUGGACAAGCUGAAGAGAGGAAGAAAGAGAAGGGCCAUCCCUAACCCAAAUAGACGCUUCAUGUGUCUCGCCGAAGCUUUGGCGGCCGGUGAGAUUGUCCCCGAAAUUGGGGGUCCAAAGAAAGCCGUUGUGGUGGAUUGCGACUCGGAGGAGGAGGAGGUGGAGUCGGAUACGGAGACAGCUCCGGUGAUUGAGGUCAAGGUAUCUGGGCCUCCCCAGCGCACCACGCGACUGGGUCGCGUCAUAAAAAGACCAAGAACCUAUUAG